AUGCAGUGUAUACAAGGUGGCGGUGAGAAAAUCAGAGACUGCCUUAAUGGUGCCAGCAACAAUCUAAAAAUGUUGAAGGAAUAUUUUGUCAUACAGCUGGCUGUUUCAGCUUUAAUAAUGUCUGAUGUAGCGGCCUACAAACGCAACUAUGAAGCUAAAUAUACCAAACCAAAUGUACCACUAUGGAAGCAAAGGGCUUGUGAGAAGGCCCAAAAAUAUAAGGCCAAUUCUCAUUAUGUUUGUGAUGAUAAGGGUGACGUUAACUGUUUGCCAGGUUGGCAGGGAGAUUUAUGUCAAGUACCCAUGUGUCGCAAAGGUUGUGAUCCCAUGAAUGGCUAUUGUCAACGGCCUGGUGAAUGCCGUUGUCGCAUCGGUUACACUGGGGAAUUGUGUGACAAAUGCAUACCAUUGCCCGGAUGUCAGCAUGGAGACUGCACAAAACCAUUCGAAUGCAUUUGUCGCCCCGGCUGGGAUGGACUCUUUUGUACGGAACCCACAUGUCGCCAGGGCUGCCACAACACACGCGGCUAUUGUGAGACUCCCGGUGAGUGUCGUUGUCGUAUCGGUUGGGCUGGCCGUAAUUGCAGUGAUUGCUCUGUAUUGCCCGGCUGUCAACAUGGCACUUGCAGCAAACCAUUGGAGUGUCAGUGUUUACCUGGUUACACUGGCCUGUUGUGCCAGACACCCAUUUGUAAUGCAGACUGUCAUAAGCAGCGUGGCUAUUGCAAGAAACCGGGUGAAUGCAGAUGUAAAGUAGGCUGGACUGGUGUCAAAUGUGAUCAAUGUUUCCCCUAUCCUGGAUGUGUUAAUGGGGAUUGUGAGAAGCCCUGGGAGUGCAACUGCAAACCCGGCUGGGGUGGCAUUUUAUGUGAUGAAAAACUAACCUAUUGCAAGGACCAUGCUAAUAUCUGUGAAAAUGGAGGCAAAUGUAUUUCGCUGACCAAGGAGGAUGGCAAUUAUCGCUGUCACUGUAAACAGGGUUAUUUGGGUAAAAAUUGUGAAAUCACAGAUGAAUUUCUGUUAACCUCAACGCCAGCUCCACGAAUUACCCCACCACCUUUAGUCAACUGGGAGGAGGAGGAUGAUGAGGAUAUUAGUGAGCCUUUAAAUGAUGAAAAUGAGGUGCAAAGCACUCUUAAGGAUAAGGAGAAGGAUAAGCUACAAGUAAAGUUAACGAAAAAUGAGACCAUACAGUUUGAAAAAGGCUUAAAUGGGACAGAUACAGUAAAACAGAAAACAGAGACUUUCAAUUUAAGUUUGAAUGAGACUCAGGGAAAUGCAACAAAAUUAAAUGUUACCAAGGUCUUGGAGAAAUUGGAAUCCAAAGAGGAAAAUCUAAAGAAUAGCUCGCUAACUAAGAAAGAAUUCAUUUCCUUGCCCACCUUGGCAGAUAUUUCGGGAUCCGAUAUUAUAGGAACAGCCACAGCUGGCAUGAAUAAACCAACACCAGCAGAUACCAAGAAGACCCCAAACACAGCCCCUUUAACAACGGUCUCUUCAACUCCCAGUACCCCGACAGUAUCUGCUACCAAAACCCCCUCCUCAACCACAUCAACUUCCACUACCAUGUCUCCCUUAAGUAAACUAGAUGACGACAAAAAUCUCCAUACCAUGCCUUUUAAAUCUUCAGAGUCUAAUAAAAAGCCUGUAGAGGAAGAUGAUGAUGAGGAGUGCACUGAUGACAAUGAUGAUGAGUGUGAAUAUGAGGAUGAAGAUGAGGAGGAUGAGGAUGACGAAGAAGAUGAUGAGGAUGCCAAAUAGUCAUAGUUUUAUAUUUAGCCAUUUUUUCUUUAUAUAAAUAAAAUAUUUAUUAAUCAAAACCUGAAA